AUGCACAGCUCGUACGGGCCAACCCCGACAACAACACCACGUCCCGCCUCACCUUCGAAGCAGCUGCCUCGCCUCCCGUCGUCUUCCUCGCUGGCAUCGUCAUCGUCAUCGUCAUCGUCAUCGUCGUCGUCGUCGUCGUCGUCGUCGGCAUCGCCUCGCCCCACUUCGCGGCAACAGCUCGGCCCCUCCACCAGCAACACAAACGGCCACUGCACAAUCGACAAGCAACUCGAGCUGGAUGCACCUGCAGCACAGGAUGAACUGGCCAAGGCUGUGCAAGCACGUGAUAGGACACGGCUGAAGCAACUCGCCGUCGCACCAGGCGGUUUUCGGUCCGAUCAAAUACGGUCACGAGUUUGGUCCGUCUCUCAUUCCACAUCAUACUACCGUAUCUUGGUACUGACGCCCCCGCGCAGGCCAAUCCUCUUGGGUGUUCCGCGAUCGAACGAACCUGCGGCCGCUUCGGUGGCGCCCCCGUCCAAGUCCAAGGGUGACCUCCCGCCGCACAAAGACGAGCAUCAAGUUCAUCUGGACAUCCUUCGGAGUUUCGUAUCGUAUCCCACCGGUGCGUCCCCAACUAUCCUCUGAACCUGCGCGAUGAGCAAGCCGGCUGGCCGGCCGACUCACCCCACAUGUCCAACUUUGACAGACGUCUCGGCCGAAGAGAAGCAACGACUCAGAGACCAGCUCGAGAACGUGAUCGUCACCGUUCUACGCCGUCAUCCUUCCUUGCACUACUUUCAGGGAUAUCACGAUGUGCGUUCCAGCGCCACGUCGUCCAACGCCACGUCUUGGAGCACCCCAAGUGCUGAUUUACGUUCGAGGGUCCCUACAGAUUAUUUCGAUCCUGUUGCUCACCUUCAAGGAUGAAGAGCUGACCAUUCAGGCCGCGGAAAAGAUGAGCCUACAUCGACUACGAGAUAGUAUGGGCACAGGAUUGGAGCCCGUGAUAGGGUACCUCAAGUGAGUGGCCAGCUUUGUUCAGAGCCCUAGUGUCGCAGAUUAAGCUGAGCGGAUCCGGGUCCUUCUACCCUUUCAGAAUUCUGCAUCGGAUAUUGUACAAGCACGAUGCCGACUUGGCUCGAAUGGUCGACUCGUCAGUCAGGUCAUCCCAAGCUUUCACCACCACACCCGGCUGACCUGGAUUUCCUCUCUCUGCAGCGCCGCUUCCCUGCCAUAUUUUUCACUUUCGUGGGUCUUGACCCUCAUGUCCCACGAUCUCACCUCGAUCGAUCUCAUCUCCCGCCUCUUCGAUUUCCUGCUCGCCCACAACCCCGUCAUGAUCUCCUACCUGGGGGUCGCCAUCGUCUUGCUCAAGGAGGAACAGUUGGCUCAGCUCGAAGAUGAUGACCCGGCGAUGGUCCAUCACACGCUGUCCAAGGUACCGAACCUCGUGCUGGACAGCCCCUCAACUUCCAAGGAGGUGCCCGAAGCGAAUCAAGGAUCGAAAGGGACUCGGGACGAAGACGACGAUGAAGAUCUCAUGUCCACCUCCCAGCAAUCCGACUCGUUCCUCUCUUCGUCCAUGAUCUCAAACUCGGAAGCUUCGACAGAUUGGGGAUCAUCAUCGACCCUAUCCCAACUCGCUACUUCUUCGACUCACUCCCUACAAGCCCUCGACGACUCCAUUUUUGAAGAUCCGGAUAUCUUCGGUCUGGCCUUCCCUAGUUCAGCCUAUCAAGUUCCGACGCAAACCAAACCGUCCUCAUUAAAUCCGGUCUUGCUCGAACGAUUGGACGACGAGCCUCCGAAAACGCCAGCGAAGAAGAACCCCGCCCCAGCCGAGAUCUCAAUCGAGGACCUGAUUCAAACGACCUUGAAACUCUACGAAGCCCAUCCUUACCUCCCAUCAGAAGAUGGGGACAAUUCGAUUCAAGCCGACCAAAUUAUGGGACCUAAAUCAUGCAUCUUCACGUGGCCGCUUUCGGUAGAGGGAACGUUGACGGAUGCGGAGGCGGAUUCGAUUGCGGAGAAUGGAGUGGAUAUCGUUUUGGUCGGGGUGGAGGAAGGGGAGGGGGAAGGGGAGGGGGAAGGGGAGGGGGAAGUCGUGGAGGAUGCUUUGGAACGAAGGGCUAGACGAAGGAAGGAGUUGAAAGCUAGGAGGAAGAGGAUGGAAGUUGGUGUAGGGGUCGUAUUGGUCAUUGCGGGAGUCGCGGGAGUGGUGUUGGCUACGUAUGGCGGUACCUUGAUGUUGGGGAAUGGGGAAGGGGCCUCAUCGUCUGGUGCGGGGAAUGAUGGUGCGCGGAGGUUUGGGUUGCCAAGCAAGCUGGUGUUGCAGGAAUGGACAGCUUGGGGUGGGGAGGUCGUACAGAACCUCAGGUUGAUUUGA